GCAUUCACUCAAUUAAAUUACAAGAUCUAUCUCAUGUUGGCAAGGGUGGUAAAUGUUGAAUUAAUCAAACCUGUGUCUGAUAAAUUUUCUAUCAUCAAUCAUUUUGGAUCAGAUAAUAAUUACAAGUUAAUAUUUCCUUAAUUCGAAUACUAUUCUAGAUGUAAAAAAAUUAAAUAAUGUGUGUUCCAAAUUUAUAAAAUAAUUCUUUUAUCAAUUCUUUUAAUAUUGCAUAAGUGAAUAAUAAUAUCCAAAUAAUCAAUCAAUUAGAUUUUAUUUUAACGAAGUUCAAAGCUUUAAAAGGAAUAUAUUAAAUUGAAAAUUGGAAAGUUGUGACAGAAAGAUGAAAGUAACGGCUUUACUAAAAAAAUAAAACAAACUUCACAUUGAUUAAGCUAUUCAUGAUUCGAAAGGUAAUUCGGUGAUUUUGAGACAUUAUAUAUAUAUAUAUAUACACAUAAUAUAUAUUAUAUACAUAAUCUAUAUAUAUUAUAAUAAACUACAUACAAAAAUGAGAAAGCAUGUUCUAAGAAUAUUUCACACAACCUGCUCCAGAUCUUAUCAGGAGGAACCAUUAUAAAAAUGUAACACAUAGUUACUUGAUUAUACGAGCGGGUAAGACCGCACUGCUUUUGAUGUAAGACUGGUUUAGCGCACCCGAAGGAAUUGAUUUACUACUAGAUUAGAUAUUAUUAACCAUCUCAUGCGCGAAUGCAUGAGACGGUUAAUAGUAUCUCUUCUUGUAUUAAUCCAUAGAUUUUUCCGACCUCUCCUGUAAUCGACACUGUUACCACGCCUUUUCCGUUCACGAUGAGUAUAGAAAGAUCGCGUUUCUAUAUAUGGAAAUUAUAUCAGAAUCGCCUCUACUUCUGUGCCAAUUAAUUAGACAUUAGACAGAUUUCUACGCAAUUUAAGUAGCAAUGAUGUAUAAUUCCAAUCGACAGCGGGGAUAAGAAUUCGAUACGAUUCAGUUCUGACGAUUUGAACAAACAACUUUCCAUAUUUAGACGAUGUGUUAGAAACUUAGCGCUUCAUGCUGGAGAUGGUAAACUCACAAACUCACGCAAUUAAAAUGGCGCGUAAAUGAUUUUACUUUCAUUAAGCCAAUGGCCUCUGUUAUGCCUACUCUCGCGUUAAUUUGGAAGAAAAUCGUAGAAUUUCAACGGCGAAGAUCUAUCUUCAUUACCCAUUGACACGAUAUGCUUCCAUCUGCAAUCACCAGCGACAACGAUGUUAAGGCGCCCACGGAUUUGUUGAGCGUACUUUUGCGUUACAUGCAUCUGCGAGUUUUCACUUUUGCAAUUAUAGAGGAAAAACAAGUCUCUAAUUCUUUCAGAGCAAGAAUUCGCAAAAUUUCGUGGGUUAUUAAUCCUUGGAAUUUAGAGAGAGACGAUGUAAUAUAUUUACUUGACGAUUAUUUAUGUUAUACUGAUGAUACAUCUUGAGUUUUUAUAGACAAACUGCAUCUGCGUAUUAAACACAUUUUUUUGUUAUAAUUUCUUAUAUCACAGUUUUUUGUUACAACUUUCUAACCAAGCUUGUAUGGACUUAUAUUUAUGACACCUUUUUUAUACUCCUAGAAUAUAAUAAACAAAUUAAAUUUGACUGUCAAAGUGAGAGAUACCGUAUAAAGGACGGAAAUAAAGUAUCAAGACAGAUAUAUAAAAGCUGUAAAAUAAAUUUAAUAUAAAAUUUGCAAAAAAUGUUUCUACUUUUAGACAUUUCGUAUUCAUGUGACAUAUUAUAUUUUGUUCUCAGGAGAGAAGUUGCGAGGAGCAAGCAAAGAUCUUUUUACAAGCACGAGAAACCUUGCUUUAAUGUAUUACAAUAAACACGUUUGUCUAGUAGCAGUAGCGAUCCGAUUGCAAUUUAGAAACUAUAUGAAAUAUAACAAUAAGGAAAUAUAGAAAACGAAUUGCUCCCGUUACUCCGGUUCUUGAGUGAGCGUCAUGAUGGAAUAUGCGUGGUGUAUUGGGGGAUCAUACACUCAAGAUGCGUUAUCAUGUCUGCUUCGGCACGAACCCCGCUCUAAUAGUUGCGGGAGAAGCUUUAAAAGAGGUGCCUAACACUACAACCCAACAGUCUUCGCAGUAGAUCGGUGAGGUGAGCGGAAUUUCGUGCGAGCUACGAUAUGAGGAUCACAUGUCUUAUUACGGUCUGUGCGUAUCUAUCAUCAACAGUAUCCACUGAUGAAAUCCAAUAUUUUAACAGACGCAUAUACAUUGCAUGCUCUAGGUUAACGAGAACGAGAUUACAAGAACAAUUGGCUUUCAAUGAUGCUGCAAGAAAAGAAAUAAAUCCCAAUAUUGGGAUUCGCCCCUAUGUAUUUUCUACGUCGCAGAUUUCUCGACCACAGGAACAAAUCGAAACUUUACAGAAACCUUUUCACCGAAAGGUUCGCGAAUCUCAAUUUAGACCUCAACAACAACAUGCUCGCUCGAGACCCAAUCCAAUGAAACGUCUGAAAAUCCGCUCAAUCGCCGGUUAUAGCGAGGUGUUGGGAGAUGACAAUGAAGUCCACGAAUUCAUUCACGGACAGGCCCCUGAAGAAAAGCACGGAGAAGGACCGAUUUACAUUAAACCUGUGGUUCGCGUCACAAAGAAAAAUAUUUUUGAUUCUAUAGUAGAUAUAUUGGAGCAAUUGCUGAAUCCACCCAAAAAGGAGCUGGGCCCAAUCGUCGGACCUAUCAAGAUGCCGGGGUCCCAUCGCAAGAUCUAUUUGCGCCUGAUGGAACCGGUCGACGAGAAACACAUUAAAGUGCGCUUCGUAACAGAAGUACCGGUUCCCGUAGUAGAUGAGAAGUCUAUCUUAGGUCCGCACCAUGAAACCGUCUUUCCGUUUCUACCUUUCGUUGAUCCUGCCGACGCUCUUUUGCACCGACACCCUGCCGGAUCAAGUGACGCGACCUUUAGUUCCUCCAAUCGUCAUCCAUCGGUUCAACUGCCUCGAAACGCCACUCGCGUUUCCGGUAAAGGUCAAAGAGAACAGUUUAGACCUCCGACUAAACCAAAGAAGCCUACGGAAGAUCUUCAGGAAAGCAAUAACGAAAAUGUACCGCCUGUUAAAGUGGCGCCUGCGAGCGGGGCGGAAAGCGAUAAGAAUCACUUGUACUAUCAUUACCAAACGGAAGACGACGCCGUGAAACAAGUAACGGAGAUAAUUAGAGAGGAACAAACGAAACACGAACAAAAUUCGAAGGAACCCUGGUAUCAGCUGACCACACACCGCUUGCCCCUUCGGCAGGUCGCCCCGUUGUACCCGCUCUCGGCGAUGGAGCACACUGACUCUACCUCUUACGAGAAUACGUAUAAAGUGCCCAGCGACAGUCUCACCGUUCCUAGUCAGUAUACAAGCUCGUACGAGCAGUACAGCAAUGCUAACGCAGCCUCGGGAGAGAUUUACGAUCAAUCUUACACCGUGCCGAACGCUUACCAGAAGCAAAACGAGUUUAGCAACGCCCCGAGCUCUUACUCGAUCUCUUAUCAGAACCAAAACGAGUUCAACAACGCCCCGAGCCCUACUUCUUACGUCAAGCAGAACGAUCUUUUCAGCGCCCCCACCACUUAUGCAAGUUCUUACGAGGAGACGGCCUACGUUCCACCAUCACCGGCGAGCACUCACGCGACUUUUCACGAGGCGCAAAACGGCGCAGACGCUCAAGCUGCUUCAAAUUCUCAGAAUGCACUUCGUGUCAUAGAGCCGCCAGCUUAUUUCCCCGAUCCCCGGCAAGUCUUGGGGAAUCCCAAUAUUAAAUACGAAAACCCUGCGACUCCACGGCAGCGUUACAAUUUGUCUAAUGCCAACGUGACGGGCUCGUUACCACGCGAUAAUACGCAGAAUAACGGCGAGAUCUUGAACGAUCAGGUAAUAUGGGGUAAGGUGAAACGGGAGAGGAGCGAAUCGAAUUUCCAGAUGAACGAGUCUAACUUCCAGAAGAGCGUGGAGAUUACCCCCGAUGACAAUCGCGACAAAUGGCAGCCGCUCAUGUUCGUGCCCGAGGACGCGGAUUGGCACAAGGCGUUCACCAAUCUGGCGAAGGUCGCGAACGGUAAUCAGCACGAAACCAUCGUGACGGAACAACAAUCGAUCGAUCGCCCGAGGCAGCAGGUUUCGCGAAGCACCACGCCGAGCACUACGACCGAGAGAGAGAGGGUCGGUGCACGUCGGAACAGUAAACGCCGCAACCCCUCGGUCGCAGCUACCACUCAAAGUUCAAAAUGUCUGACCGCGGACAAGGGAGACAAAUGCGAACGAGCGGAACCCUUGAUCGCCCCGACGCCUUAUCCGGAACAGAUCGUGGAGAAGCAAGUACAGUCGGUCGUCAAUGUUGAACCGGUUUUGAUCACUCCGAAAUCAAUAGCGAGCAGUACAGUCGAGUCCGUGAGAUUGAAUGUCACGAAGAGCAGCUGGAUAGUGGAACCGCAGCCAUUAAAUGACACGAAGAGCAGCUGGACAGUGGGACCGCAGCCAUUGGUGAUGACAACCGAUAGUCUCGCGACGAACAGCACGACGGAGAAACCGGCGCUAUUGAUUAAAAUGAUUAAGAGCACGACGGCGAAAUCAGUCGAAAACAAAACAACAACCAGAUCAAAGAGUAAUUCAAUAGAGAAAUCGUUAGCGAGCAGUACGACGCAGAGAUCAUUGAUAACCGACACCUCCGAGGCGUCCGUAUCGAAUAACACCACGAAGAGGCUGCGAUUACCGAAGCGGCCUAUGAUAAUGAAAAAACCGACUUUCGUAUUGAAGGGAGGCGAGUCGAACAGCACGACGAGAAAAGCGAGCACCACGACGAGAAAAGCGAGUACCACGACGCGGAAGCCGAUCACGAGUAGUACGACGGAGAGAACGAAGAUGACGAGGCGAUCGAAAUACCAUGGCGAAAAUCGCGGCGCGAUUUCGAAGACGAAGUCGAGUACGAUAUGAUAGAGACUUCAUAAUUUAAUAAUAGCGUAUUUCUCUUUUUUAGGCACGAUCGACGGCAAUAACACACGUUCUUAUGCAUUGCAACAUUGUUAGUUAUGGCAAUGGGAAUAAUGCGCGAUGAUAUCCGAAUAAUUUGUAAUCCUGCAUGUAAUUGUAGGAAAAAAAUCGAGAAAGUCAUCUAUCCGUGUAAUUAAGCAAAUGCAUGUAUACAAAUAUGCGUUUACAUUCAGACACAAUCGAUUAUAAUUAUAAUUAUUCGUAUUGCCUAUAUAUUCAGAAGAUUGAGUAUCAGAUAUAGUAACGGGCUUGCUGUCUCAUAUCUUCAAAAAUUGUAUGCAAUGAUUGUCGUCAUUUAAACUCGAGAUAUUCGUGAAACUUUAAAAGAGAAUAUUUAUACAGAGUAACUAAGGGUAAUUUUUUUUUGAGGGAUACAAGACGGAUUUGGGGGAACAAAAGGACUACAUGUUCAUUGAAUAUAAAGUUUGUUAAAAACGAGAGAUGCAUUAAUAUUUGCGUAAAAUAAAAAAAUAUCGUUAAUUUUUGAAAACUAUAUACUUUAUUUAUCUUAUCGUGUUUUUACUUAUACAUGGCACAUAGAAUACCAAUUGUCUCAAGAUGAUUUUCAUUUUCUCUAAUGUACUUAUUUUAUGAUCAAAUUGGGAAUAAUCUUCUCUGAUAUAAAGUAAUUGAAUUUGUUAAAAUUAAAUUUCGUCAACUAAUUAAAAUUUUACAUCUUACAUAAAGUUACGAAAGUUAAAUAAAAGAUUUUUGUUUAUUUAUAUAUAUAAAUCUCUUCUGUUCAAUAUUCUUGACGAAGAUUUUGAAUAGUACUGUUUGAAUAGUACUAUAAUAGAACCAAAAUAGUAACUAUGAAUCUCUAGAUAAAGAUAUAGCCAUAGUUAUGAUAGUCAUCGUAAAUACAUAUUAAAUUAAACAUAACAAUGUGUUGUUAACAAAUUUUACCGUUCAAAACUUUAUUAACUUGUAUGUAUGUAUAUGCAUGUGUAUACAC